AGAAGCCUGCCCCCCCGGGCUGCUGGCAUGGCUUCCCCCUGUCCUGGGACCCCCAGCCCGGCAGGUCUGCCCCCUCCUUCUGUAGCCAUACCAGGUGAGACACUUGGUCCCGCGGCGCCCCCGGAGCCUGCCUUCCCGGACAUCUACGGCGGGGACGCGCAGCUCUGGCAGGCGCAUUUCUGCAGCAUCGGGCGCGCCUACCGCGCCCUGGGCAAGCAGGACGACUUCGCCAUCCGCGUGCUCACCGAGAACUUCACGCUGCCCUUCCCGUUCGCCUGGCCGCCGGGGCCCGACCCGGCCUGCGGGCCGCUCUUCUAUGAUCCCCGCGACCGCGCAGACUUCGACUUCCUGCUGCGGGGCCCCGGAGCUUCGCCCCCUGCGCUGCUGCGGCCCCUGCACGCCACGGCCCAGGCAGCGAUGCGCAAGCGGCGCCUGGAGCGGCUGGCCCUGAGCUACGCCCGCGCGCAGGGCCCGGGCCCGGCCUCAUCCUGCUGCUGCCCGGCCCCGCUGCCGCCUUCCCGGAGCCCGAGGCCAGCGCUUCUGGCGACGGCAUCCCCAGGCUGGCCCAGGCCCCGCCGCUGCCCCGAGAGCGAACAGAAUAAAUAGUUUCCCCAGC